AAAAAAUAAUAAAAUCAACGGUUCAAAGAAUUCUACCUUAUGACCCGAAGAGCAAAAAAAUCCAACUAGCAUUAUUUUAAGUUUAUAAUCUAUCUGCUGAAUGUUCAGCAUUUUGGACAGUUUAAUUUCAGUUCAAGAACAUACCAUGUCUAGGAAUUCAAGCGCAUGUGUGUCAUCAAUCACUCCCUGCCGGGUAACAAGGUAACUCAGCGGCAACAAAUUGGACGUACCCGAGGCUACGAGGUUCGGUAUGUGUCCGUACCCGAGCCUUGUUUUGCAACGGCUACUACUUUCCCGCCCACACGCCCUCCGAGGUGAAAGAAAUUAAAAAAAAAAAGAAAAAAAAAAAAGAAAAAGAAGAAAAAAAAGCUAUUUAUUUCCCUCUCGUUUUCCCUGUUCUUUCAUUCUUCCUUCCUCUCCAGAGGUGUUCUAUGCCUCCAAAGCGUCGUCGUAGACAUCAUUCAUGGCAAGGACAUGGCUGAUUGAUGGUAGGGGAAUUGCAAGGAAAGUAAAGAAUGCCACUCAGUUUUCUACGUAUCAGAACAAGGACUGGGCUGUAGAAGCACAUCGACAUUGCCCCAAUUGCAAUCAUCGUAUUGAUAACAGUGAUGUUUCACUAGAAUGGCCAGGACUACCUUCUGGUGUAAAAUUCGAUCCAUCCGAUGUGGAGCUUUUAGAACAUUUAGCAGGAAAAGUUGGGCUGGGAAAUUCAAAGCCUCAUUUGUUUAUUGAUGAAUUCAUUCCAACAUUGGAGGAGGUGGAAGGAAUUUGCUAUAGGCAUCCUGAAAAUCUUCCUGGUAUCAAGAAAGAUGGAAGCAGCGUUCAUUUCUUUCAUAGAACAUCCAAUGCAUAUGCAACAGGUCAGCGUAAACGCCGCAAGAUCCACCCACAAUGUUGUUUGUUUGAGGAGCGUGUACGGUGGCAUAAGACAGGUAAAACCCGACCGAUAAUAGAGAAUGGUGUUCAGAAGGGCUGCAAGAAGAUAAUGGUUCUUUAUAAAAGCUUGAAGAAAGGGUCAAAGCCACAUAAAGACAACUGGGUCAUGCAUCAAUACCAUCUUGGAACUGAAGAAGAUGAAAGGGAAGGUGAAUUCGUGGUUUCAAAAAUUUUCUACCAGCAGCAAUCGAAGCAUGUGACGGAGAAGAGCAAUGUCGAUGUGUUCAAGAAAGAAUCUGAUAUGGUGGCAGCCAGAGUUAGUCCAAGAACUCCAAAGACUAAUACACCCCAUCCGCCUAGGCCGGGAAAGCAUGCUCUAUAUGAAGUAGGCAAAGAGAAAAUGAAACAUUUGUCUGACCAGGAUGCAGAAUUCAUUUCAGAAAUGCCUCAACCCUCUGGAGCCAUUUGUCUUGAGGAUGAGAAUGCAAACAUUACAUGGUGGGCAGGCGAGUCUCAGGGUGUAGAGGAGACAAAUCUGGAUGAUGCGGAUGACUCACUGUUGUGCAAUGAAAUACUCGAUUUUCAACUUCCUUUUGAAGAAUCGGAACUCAAACAUGUUCCAUAUUUCCCAGAUGUUGGUUGCAGCAGAAUGAACACACAUGAGAGAGAGACCAAGCCUGUUUGUGGAAGUUUGGACCUCGACAAUAUUGAAGUCGACACGCCACCAGAUUUUCAACUUGCCGAUUUGCAAUUUGGUUCUCAAGAAAGCAUUAUGAGUUGGUUGGAUCGAUUUUAGAGCGAUGAAAUUUGUAUCUAAUGCUUCUGCAUAUGGCAAGGAAGGCCAUUUUUGUGUGCAGCGCUGGUGAUGGAGUGUGUGUAUAUAUGCGAGGCUUUGGCCUUUUGUGGAGACAGCCUAGUGAAUGGGAAUCGACAAAUGCAACCCAUGUAUAUAUGGGGCAAAGGAUGGUUCUGUUCCAAGAGCUUUCUUUAGUUUAGGAAAUCCAUAACUUUUCAGUCCCAUGUUUAAUGGAGUAUUAAACCAGCACAACCUCCUUGUCUGUAGAAACAGUAAAGAGCAUGUGGGUCUCAGCCAUUUUGUGGAAGCUUUGUUUCUUUUUCUUUUUUUUUUUUCCUCGGGAAACUCACAUUGUUAUUUCAUGACUAGCAGCUGGCAUUUGAAUUGGAAAAGUUGGGAGAACUGAAAAUUGAAAUAUGGAUUCAUUCGGAGA